CACACGAGCCCAUAAUGAGUGCACCGGCGGGCACAACCAUACACGAUCUUAAUGGAUCGUGGGUCAUAAACAAAGAACUGUCAGAUGACAUGGACCAAGCCCUGGUCAUGGAAGGGGUUCCCUGGCUCAUGCGCAAGGUUGCGUCUUGGGCGACAAUCACGUAUAAAAAUACACACAUAAAGGAUGGUAACGGAUGCACCGUCCUUACCGUUGCGAAAAGCGCAACGGGGGGCAUCCCGGGAGAGACACAAGUACAUACGCUUGACGGCGUUGAGCAUGUGUACGAAUCCAUUUUGUUUGGUAAUCGGCGCGUGGAGACGCGCUGGCUUGACCUCAGGAGUAAGGAUCCCAUUUCUGGUGUCGUUAGGAGGGAGGAUCUCGACCCGUAUCUGAGUCAAGAUUUGUUGGACCAGGAAGCCGGGGACUCGCCGGGGCAUAUAUGGGCCGCCGUGACAAACGAGAGGUCUGGGAUGAGAGGGGAGCAGGUCUGGGGCUUUGAGCUUAUUGCUGGAAAGCGCUACCAUGUCAACAGGAUGGUCCUCAGGAAGGGUGAGGAACGCGUCGCCCUGAGGAUUGUAUUUGACUGGGCGGGUAAUCAAUGA